AUGCACGCCUUGCCCUGGCUGCCGACAAGCCGGAUCCUGACCGGCGAACAAGCGAGAAUUUCCAAACCGUCACGCCAUGCAAUUUUUCGGACCUUUUCGCGUGUCUACGCCACGAGCUCCUCACCCAAGGCAGGGGUUUGUUGUCUUUGA